AUGGAUCCUGUACUGCUCACAACUGAAAAGAUCUCACUAAAGGCUGCUCUCAAACGUGUACCUGGUGCGGGAUGGGCGAUGGGCUGCGGAUCUUAUAUUUUUCUGGAGCGAAGUUUUGACCACGACAAGGCCACAAUGGAAGCAUGCGUAAAAUACUAUAAACAGUCUGGAAACAGUUACCAGGUUCGUUGA